ACAGGACAUGAUGAAAAAGUCAUGAGUAGAGGCCGAGUCUAGCUUAUGUUACACUCUGACGCGUCUAAAGUAAUGAACGAGAGAACAGGAGGUGCAGGGAUGGAGAGAAGAAGGGAAAGGAUAAGACUCUGGCAAGUUUGACAGGAGACUCUUCGAUGUGAGGGCUGCUUCUUAGCAACUCUACUAAGAGCAAGGACUAAGGAGACAUGCAUCGGUCACUAAUCAAAGAUAACUGAAGAUACAGCGUUGAGUGCAAGCGACUCCAGAGGGAGGAGAGCGUUUAAAUGAGAUCUCGAGAUACUAGUCCUGUAUGGAAGGCCACGUGUAUAACCAGUGAAUACUUCUACAACCCUUCUUCGAAUGUGGAGAGCUUUCUAGAGAAUGACUCAACUUGAUUCUCCUCUGCAGCGUUCCGACCGCCGUUCCGAGAUGGACUCGCGCAGUAGAAACACCAGCAGAAGGAGCAGUGUCAGUCAACGCACAGAACCAAAAAAAGAGAGGGAUCCAAGCAGCACUCGUGCCAUUUUUCAAAGAGCCAACCGCUUCCUGUCCCAUGACCGAGAACUGCCAAAUGACAGCCCUCCUGCUCCUGUGCGGUACUACGAGAGAGGACACCCUCUUCCCAGCAACAGCAGUCCUGAACGCAAAGCCACCAUUCCGUUCCGAAACCCCGAACUGGGCCUUCCGUCCUACAGGAGGCGCCAUGACACACUUAGCAAUGAAGCCAUGAGUGGCCUCUCUCCUCUACGCUGCAUGACCUAUUCGAACUUCAGACGUGGUGACAGUCAGUCACGUGCAAGCCCUCGUUCAUGUAGCCCAAGGUCCACCAAUGUUUCUCCGCACAGGCAAUUCCAUAGCUCCUCCCACCGCAAAGGCUCGACCUCCCAUCUUCAUGCGAGCUCUCGCACUUCAUCCAAACGAGCUUCUCGAAAAUGCAGUCCAGCUACAAGACGAGCCUCCGUGGGCUCACAGAUGCACUCCCCCUCUCAAAUAUCUGCCUCCAACAGAUAUACAGAUUCAUCAAGCCACUCCCAAAAGCGAAGUCCUUCCCAGAGUUCCCAUGGCCAACACAGUCUGGACUCAGAAAAGCUGUAUCGCAAUCUACAAUCAAUUGCUAGUUCAGCAGAGUCAGACUCCUCGCAACAGGGAAGAAAUGGUUGGUCAAACAGGUCUAGGUCCAAAAUGGCAACUGAUAGUAAUCGUUAUGAAAAUGGCAGAAGCAGCCGCAACAGUGCUUGUAACAGUCGGAAAAGUGGACGCAACACUGGUCGCAACAGCAGAGAUUUCUCACCACCAGGUAGUGAGUACAACAGAAGCCAAUUUUCACCAAAAGGAAGUAGUCAUAUGAGUGGGUAUAACAGCCGCAACGGCGGUCGCAACACAGGCUCUAACAGUCACGACAGUUCACCUCCUCGUAGAGAUUAUGAUCAAAAUGGUCAUAGCUCAAGAAGGGAUAGAAAACAAAGCCAUUACAGAGGUGACAAAGAGCGACCAUUAUCGAAAUCAUCCACAUCAGACAGACACUCCAGAACAGAUCUUAUUCAAGCACAGGGGUCCUGGCAUGGAAAAACACAGUCUCCUUUGAGUCCACCUUCCCCAGAGUCAUCGCACAACAUCUCGCCAUCAAAGGAAUCCCAAGUUGAAGCCACAAAAACAGACAACCAGACCACUGAGAGAAGCAGAAGCACCAUUCGACGUGGUCUGGAGGCACUGAUACUCUCUGAAAACACAAGAUCUAAGAGCCAGCCACCUGUGCCAGAGAUGACAAUAGAAGACUAUGUGGUCAUAGCUGAUAUUCCCAGAGUAAAUCUGUAUCCAGAAGAAGAUGAGGCAAUCGUAGUGAGAAGGAGGCCUCAGAGUCGCAGUCCACGUAGAGACAAACAGCACAGAGAAGAGAGAGAAGGCCAUGGCGAAUACGUAGAGCCGGAGGAACGAGGGAGAGGGAGGGAGAGAGGGCGAGACCGCCGUGAGAGGGAGAGGAAACGCCAUGACAAGGACACGGGAGGCUCAUCUGAAACCAACAGCACCGUCUCAGACAUUACACAGGUUUUACAGCUCAACUCUCUGGACCUUAAAAAGGGAUGGAUGUUCAUGUUGGACAACUGCGCUGAAUGGAGAAAAUAUUGGUUUGUGCUGGACAGCUCUGGGCUGAAAUACUAUUCCAACCCUGAUGCUGAGGAGAGGGAUGGUCCAGUUGGAGAGAUUGAUAUUUCACGCUGUCUGGAAGUGGUGGAGUUUGAAGCGGAUAAGAACUAUGGACUUCAGAUACAUAUGAGAGAUGGAGAAAUCACCCUGUCAGCCAUGACUUCCCGCAUCAGGAGGAACUGGAUCGACAUUCUGCAGGGACGCUUCAGAACCAGUGAAUCACCCGAUAACACACGCAGCGGCACUAAUCCCACCAACCAAAACGGCGAAACGUUCGGGUCCUCUCAUCCAGAUCGACGCGAUUCAGGGUCAGAGCCCACAAGCCCGUCUCACGACGACCCAGACAUGAUGUCACUGCCCUCGACCAAUCACCGAGAGGCAGGCGUGGGCCGAGACACGGAACAGGAAAAGCGAUUAGGGGACAGGACUAAGUGGUUCCAGGAAGCCGUCUCAGACAGAGAAGCCGACAGCCCGUGGGACAAAGUCCAGCUGAAGAAGGGGGCAGUGGCUCGUGAUAUGCCGCAGAUCCCUGAAACCAUGACGGGGACGGACAUCGAGAAGAAGUGGGAGGAUUUCGAGAAGAUUCCUGUCGGGGAGAUGAGAUCUUUAUCUCUGAUUGGCUCCGACGCUCCACAAGGAACCCCUGAUGCGCUACAGACUGAGGUGGUGUCUCUGAGGCAGAAUAUCGAGGCGCUGCGUAAAGCCCGAGCCGGAUCUGGAUCUGCGGUUCCCUGCGGCCCGGGGUCGCCCUGUGCCUCCAGACUGGAAGAGUUGGAGAGAGAGUACUGUGAGAGUCUGCAGGAGAUGGAGAGAGUGCAUGAGAGAGAGAGGAGAGAGAUGGAGGCUCGGAGAGAGCAGAUGCUGAGGGAGGAGGCGCGCCACGCCGCACAAGCGAUAGAAGCUCUGAGGACGGCCCAUCAGGAGGAGCUGGAGAGAGUGAGAGGAGGAGAAAAAACAGACUCCACUGUAUCACAGUCCGAGUGUGUAUCUCUGCAGCAGGAGUUGGACGGUCUCUCGGAGCGUUACACUCAGAGGUGUGUGGAGCUGACUCAGUUACAGAACGCCACAGGACGGAGACACACGCUGAUGGAGGAGAGGCACAGAGAAGUGGAACAACUCCGCAAGGAGAACCAGGAACUGCAGGCACGUCUGACCGAGGAAAUGAGUCUCAUGCGAUCCUUCAUCACGGGUCAAAGGUCAGGGGUCGUCCCUGUCGGAAGCUACGAGCGCAGCGCCUCAGAACUGGAGAUGUUGUUGCGAGUGAAGGAGAACGAGAUCGAGUACUUACACAAGGAGAUCAGCUGUCUCAGGAACGAGGUCCAGUCAUUAAUUAAGGAGAAGCAGGAUCUGAGCGAGCGUUAUAAAGCCGUGUACGUGGAGCUGUGUGGACUGAAGGGGCUAAGCGAGCGAGAGAUCAGCUCUCUUAAAGAACACCUCCGACUGACUAACGCCGCUCUGGAGGAGGAACAGCAGCACCAACCCAGACCUUCAACUAUUCAGACGUGAACAAAACUCAGACGCUCUCAAACUCCUCUCGUUUGGCUUUGGAUGGUGCUGGAUGCUGAUUUGUUUUACUGAGGGAGACAUGAGGUCCUUUCCGUGCUGGUUUUGUUUACCAGAAAAUAAAAAGAUAUGUAAAUCUUU